AUGAGGGGGAAAAAAAGAAAAGCACAAACACAGAAAGGCAUAGACGCAGGAAGGCACAAGCGCAGAAAGGCAGAAAAGAAAUAUGUGCUUCCUUCUCCGAAGCGAACUGUCAAGAAGCAGAAGAAAACGCUUAAACCAGUGACGAAAGUCAUCACCAUAAAUCUUAGCAAGUUGACGCAUGAUGUGUGCUACAAAAGAAAGGCUCCAAGAGCCAUCAAGGAAAUAAGGAACAUCGCAGGAAAGCUCAUGCACACAAAGGACGUACGUUUGGACGUUAAACUCAACAAGUUCAUAUGGUCCAAGGGCAUCAGGAACCCCCCCAAGAGGGUUCGAGUAAAAAUAGAAAGGAAGAGAAACGAAGAUGAGGACUCCAAGGAGAAAAUGUACACAAUCGUUCAACACGUCAUGGUUGACACCUACAAGGGAUUACUUAACGAAUGCGAAGUGAACGAGUGA